AUGUCGGCGACUCAGGGAGUGCGAGUGAAGAAGGAUUGGGCCUUCUGUUUCGACGAAAGACGGAUGGUGCAGAACUGCGGACGAGGCCUCAGGGCUCAAUGUGAGAGUUCCGCCCAGGACCGAGGAAGAGUGAGUCCAACGCAGCUUCAGCUGCAGGUGGACUUGGACCACAUGCAACUUCGGUACAACGUCUUGCCUCCGGACUUCAAUUUCACAGUCAGGCGAUUGGCAUCCAAAAGCUACCUGCCUCGCUGUUUGAUCGUGUCGCCACUGCCGGACUUCGCAGAGAAGCUGAAGCAGAACUUCAGUCAGUCACUGUUCGACUACGUCCGGCUUGGAGGUCAGCUGUACGUCUUGGGCAGUUCCACCAAUGCCGAGAUUAUGUCCCAGGCCUUCAAUCUCAGCUUGGAAGCCGCGGAGAUCAAGCCUCCGUGCACCGCAACCCAACGUCACCAUCUUGCCACGUGGACGACUGGGAACGAACAGGUACGCACGAUGCCAGCGCCAAAUGAAGCACUCGGAUUCGACAGUGGGCUGCCGACGACUUUGCCAGUCAUAAACCAAGUCUUGAGCUUGCAGAUGCCGAGUACGACCUCCAUCAGGGAUGGUCAUGUGGUCUCCGCGGCCGGCAUCUAUAGUCGAGGUCAUGUGGUGCCGAGCGCAGGAUGGUAUGGAUUCGGUGCCUUUGAGGUCCGCGUGCAUCCCGGUAUCGCAGAGUACUUGGCUUUCGACUGGCAUGAACGACGACCGGCGCGCCGGGAGCCGUGGGCAAGGCUGUUGCAGAUGCUUGUGGAGAUCAACCUCCGUCGCUGGGCGCCACCACCUGCCUCGCUUUCUGCAAGGCGCCUGGAGGAAGGCAGCUGGGAACCACCACCGCCCACGAGGAGCUCUUGGCGAACGUUGAAGCAGUGCCCACCUGCCCAGCUGCCGCCCAAAGAUGCCGAGGAUUUGACAUGCACCUUCAGCCUUCUCUGCCCAGAGGAAGGAACCAUGCCCGACGCAUGUCAGUCCUCAAUGCACGAGCUCACGGAGAUCGUGCAGCAGCAGACCUCCCCGCUCCUCACGCGCAUGCGCUUCCACUGCCUCCAUAUGACGUUGCAGCACUACUCGCCUGCUUUCAUGGUGAAGCUUCCGGAACGCUGCCCGCACUGGGCUGCAAUCGAGGAGGCCACCGAGGAGAUGAAGGCCGCCUGUGGCUUCGGCUACGGUCCCGAUGCGUCAGUCUUGGAUGUGGAAGUCAUCAAGACGGACUUGGGUGUCGAGGCCUUUAGCAGCGAUGUGAGGUCCAACAUAUGUCAGCAGUCGUUUUGCCGCGGACAAGUGGCCAGGUUCGCCGACCUUUUCAAGUCCUGCCCGGGAGAGGCGGGACUGAAGGGCGAACGAGCUCGGCUUGCGCGAAUGCUGAAGAUGGCACUCAGAUCUUGCGCACGGGCAGGAGCCGCGAAGCUGAAUGUCCAGGACCGCUUCGCCAUCAAGGGUGUGAACGUGCUCAGUCCUGGCGAGCAUGACGGCUUGGCGAAUGUUGUCAAAGAGGCCCUGACGGAGCAUUUGAGCCUACAGUCUCACUUUUGGUGGUUCCAACAAAACUGGAUCCUGUCGCUCAUCGCCAGCCUGUCUGGUAUGCCAGUUGCAAGCUCCCAGCACGAUGAUGCUUCAUUGAUAUCGGUCAUGGUGCACCCGCUCUACCCCAAAGCGGAUGCCUGGGAGCAUUCCUUUGCCUCCUUGCUUGGGCCGGUCCCCGGUGGUCAGGAUAUCUUGGCGGCAAUACCGCACGAUCUACCAGGAGGGGCCUGCCAGGCAUGCACAGUCCGCAACCUUCAGGUCAUGGCAGUGCAGCCUGCCAUCGGCUCGGAAAAUGUGGAUCCGGCAGGUUCCAUUCGCAUAUUCUUCGACAGUGUGAUCGUCAUGGACAAUCCACAUGCCAAGAUCAGGAUUUACCCACGAGUCUUCGAGGAAUUAUGCAAAGAGGUCGACCCACGAAGCUUCUACCCCUGGGACACCGGUACCGGUGACCUGAAGGUUGCGACCCUGAAUCGCCAUGCGACUGAGCUCGCACCAGGAAUUCCGAUCACGGCGAUUUGCCAGGAGCAUGCCAUGGAAGAUUCCAUGGUCAAGGUCGGUGACGAGGUGCUGCAGAUAACCCCACGGCACCCUAUGAUGCGAAACACAGAAAUCGUCGUUGAGAUCGACCCGUGGGCAGUUCGUUCUGCUGAUGUUUUGGAAGAGGAGCGCUACCCCGCACGAUGGACGGGCUGGAAAAAGUCUCACGAGCGCGUACGUGAGGUGCUAUCCUUUACAACAGGAUCCCCGCUCGACUCAGAGGCUGAGGUCUCCGUUGCCGUGGGAUGCGGCUGGCAGCCGCCUUGUGAGACGGCCCAAAAGACCUUGACGAUGGCGUCUUCCAUCUUGGCCGACCUCCUCGAGUGCUUCAUCGCCUGGUACCGCUGCUCCGGGGACUCGACGUCCCCACAGGUUUGCCACACGACGAACCUACCCUGGUGCGACAUCUCCUCGCCCAGCUGGGCGUCCGUUGCGGCUGCCGCCCCUGCACUAGAGCAGGUGGAUGAGGACGAGGUGGUGUUGGAAGGAGAACCGCUCGAGCUAAGGUCUUCCGUCAAGCGGCAUGCUGCUGUGCCUCCGGUAUUUCUCUGGGGCGGAAUGCUCCUCUCCUACUGCGUUGGCCUGGUGGCCGUACACCGCGCGGCGCUGUGGCUGGUCGACGAGUACUGGGCAAGUCGAGAGUUUGAUCCCUUCGUGGUUAAAGUUAUCCUGUUUGUGAGAUGUAUGAUCUGA